ACAAACCCAUCUCCAGCUCACUUGCAGCUUCCCUCGAGCUCAAGAUUAUAAACUUACCAUCACUCAUUAACCAUUAAACACUUGUAGUAUAUAUCGUCACACGCAGAUACAACAAUGCCAUCAGGAAAAGCGACCGCAACAAUUAACGGCCAUACUAUUGCCGAGACAGAUAAUUGGGAAGUUGUGGAGGGGAAUGUAUAUGUAUGUGGCCAUUUUUCAAAGAUCUGCUGUCAUACUAAUAGUACAGUUUCCACCAUCGUGAGUUACCUAGUAAACAUUUCAAUUUGAAUGUUGGAUUCUGAUGGUUUAGCUCUCUGAACCAAGCUAUGCUCUCCAAGACAGACCAUAGUACACAUUGUCCUUGGAAAGGUGAUGCCUCCUACUAUACCAUUACGUCUGAUAGUGAGUCCUUAGAGUCUCUACUUACAUGGAAAGCCGUUGAUCUGGCAUAGAAACGGUGUUGAAAAAUGCAGCAUGGUAUUAUCCGACCCCGUUCGAAAAGGCUCAGAAUAUCAAGGACUAUGUUGCUUUCUGUAAGUCAUUUCAUUAAAAUCAGGAGAAACCCGCAAGAUUAACGGCCCUAUAGAUAAAAAUCUGGUUGACGUGAAGGCGGAAGAGCAGUGAGGGCUGGUGAUUUGACGAUGGAUUACUCGGAAACGCAAUUGAGGCGUGGAGAAUAAUUGAGGGGCGUCUUUCCUGAUUUGUUGAGCAGUGGAUUGAUUAAAUAGCAGAAUGUGAUGCUUCGUGUUUGAAUCUUCCUUUGGGCCU